AUGAGUAUACUUUCGAAUACAUUAGUAAAUGAUGAUAAUUAUUGUCAAAUAUGCACAUGUACAUCGAUAGUCACUGGCAAAAAACGUUUGUCAUGUUUUGUUUGCGAUCAUUGUCGUUUAUCAAUGUGCUACGAAUGUUUCAAUAAGCAUACAACACAAUUAGUUGACGAAUAUUCGCAGAUACAAAAGCGUUAUUCAAAACUAGAUGAACUAUUUAAUCAGAAACGACAAUUACUUCAAACAUUUGAGGAACAUUGUAUACGUAGUGUUAAUAGUGCGUUCGAUGAAAUAGUUAAUGAUUUACAAAUUCUUCGAAAAGAAGGUAUUGAUUAUGUUAAACAACAAUUCAAUGAUUCCCAAAUUGUUAUAUCCGAGAUGAUUACAAAUAUUAAAUCAUUCAUAGAUAAAUCUCAACAUCAUUGGACGCACGAUGGUAUUACUAAGAAUGCUAUUAUUGAACUCGAUGAUCAACGUAAACAAAUGAAUGAAAUUGAACAACGUUUUGGUGCAUUUGCUUUACCUAAUAUGCAAUUAAAAGUUUCUACAUAUCCACGAAACCAACUUGAUUUAGACUGUCAAUUAUCAUUUAACUUAAAUGCGGUCACGAAAAAAUUUCUUCCCUCAUAUCCAGGUAAAGUUAUAUCAACAAAAUGCUUAUGUAGCCAACAGAAUGAAUAUGAGAAUGAAAAAUUUGAUGUUGAUACAGAAGUUGAAGAACUUCAGCAAACUUUUUAUUCAACAAAAGAAAUGCAAACCGAUGCUAUUAGUGAACCGGCUCGUACGAAAUGCAAAGAUUAUAUUGAUGAUAAUGUUGGUGAUGAGGAUGAAUAUUUUUCUUUAAAAGACGAAAUAGGUGAACUAAUUAAUUCAACUAAUACAGAGCAUUCCUUAAGUAAACAUUACAUUUCUCAAAGUAUAAUAUUAACACAGAAUGAAGUUGAUCGUAUUGCGAGCGAUGAUGAGCAUUUACUUUAUUUUUCUGAUGUAUCAAAAUCACUUUGUUAUGUUCGAAAUAUUUCAUUGGGUGGUAAACGAGCUAAUGGAACAUCACAAACCACGGAAGUAACAUGCCGAUGGCCACAUUCUCCUAUACUAGAUUUAGUUUAUUCGCCAGCGUCGUCACAAUUUGUUUGCGCAACAAAAACAGGCGUAUAUACAUGUACUGUUGAUUCCGAUCAUGACGAUUCAACUAUUGAUAUACAAUUACAAUUAGCACAAUCUUGGUCUUAUAUAAGAUUAUCGGCUGACAAAAAUCUUUUAUGGAUUUGGGCAGAUGCGCCACAGUUAAGUCAACUACUGAUUUAUUCUCCUAAAUCAUUCGAGUGUAUAAAAGUAUUUAAUUUAAUUGAUUAUCCACGUUUUUCGGAUAAUAGUACAUCAUUUUGCAUACAUUCAGAUAUUAUAGCAACUGUAUUUCAAUAUAAACAAACAAAAAAUACAACAACAUACAAAAAAAAUUUCCAUGUGACAUUCUGUGAUAGUUCAGAUUUACAUGAACUGUGUACUAUAGAUUUAGGUGAAUGUGACUUCGAUCAUGAGAUUCGAGCAAACAACAAUGGAAUAUUUUUUGUAACAAAUGGAAAAGGUAGAUUAUGGAUCGUUGAUCGUUAUGGUGAAAAAGAGUACGUGAAAUUGUUUCGCACUGGUCGAGCUCUAACAGUACACGCGACAAAUCAAAUAUUAAUUGCUAAUGGUACAAAACAGUUACAACGUAUUGAACUAUUACAAAAAGACAAUAAAGAUAAAUAA